AUGUGAUGCAAGUGACGACUUUGUUUACCAUAAUCUAUAACGAUCAAAUGAUCUGAUUCAUCACACUUUAGUGCAACCUCUUCAUUCCGGACUGUAAAAAGUUGUCAAAAAUAUUCCGAGACCUCAUUGGUCUGUUUUGAUUUCUUAUACGAAACUAACCCCCAUUUGGACGAGGAAAAAAAAAAGAAAGAAAAAGAAAAAAGAGAAAACACAGUAGUCAACGUCUCACAAAUCAUGGUCGUCGACGUAGAGACGGGUUUCGAUCUGUACUUACCAGUUACAGAAGAUGAGGUUCUCGAAGUACGCUCAGGCAAGCUUCGCAGUUUUGAUGGCAUCAAUGUCAUGACUGGAAUCUUCAAAACCACACAUGAUGGCUCUGUCACUGUCACUGAGAUGGGCAUACAAGGAGAUGAACAUGAUUAUACUUUUCAUGGCGGUGUUGACAAAGCGAUCCAUGCCUACUGCAUGUCACACUAUCAAAAAUGGAAGGUCGAGUUUCCAGAAGCGGCAGACCUCUUCGUCCCCGGCUCCUUUGGCGAGAACCUCGUCGUUUCCCGCAUGAACGAGCGUAAUGUUUGCAUUGGGGAUGUGGUGUCGCUCGGACCGGAAGUGAUCCUCCAGGUCUCGCUGCCCCGCCAGCCCUGCUUCAAGCUGAACCACCGCUUCCGUCUCAAAAACUUUGCCCCGAACACGUGGCGCCUCAGCCGCACCGGCUGGUACUACCGCGUCCUGCGGCCCGGCAGCGUCCGAGCCGGCGACCCCUUGAGGCUGGUCGAGAGGAAGCACCCGCAGUGGACCAUUGAGCGCAUCCAGGAGUACCUCCACCGCAACCCCUCCGACGCCGUCAUGAACAAAGAGCUGGCUGCCAUUCCCGAGUUUGGAGUCGAGGCUGCUACUGCCUUCAAGUCCCGCGUGGCUAAGCACGAGUCCAAAGACCGCAAAGCGCGGACUGCCGCGGAGGAGGCGAAGCAGUGGAAGGAGUUCCGCGUGGUCCGGAAGAGGCAGGAGACGGCCCGGAUCACCUCCCUCGAGCUCGAGGCCCUGCAACCCACCGAAGAGGCAGAGCUCAAGCCCGGCGCACACGUUAAGCUCAAGCUGGGAAACGGACUCGUCCGCGCCUACUCGAUAGUCGGCGGGGACAGGAACCGGUUCCAGCUCGGCGUGGCGCUGGCAGAAAAGGGCAGGGGCGCUUCGAGGCACAUUCACGAAAACGUCCACGAAGGCGACGUGCUGACGGUGGGGCGGUUCACCAACGGCGUGCCCAUGGUGGGCUCGGCGAGCAGCCACGUCUUUGUCGCCGCCGGUGUCGGCAUAACGGCCUUCCUGCCCAUGAUUGAACAAAUGGCCGCCAUCAACUACAGCGUAACCCUGCACUACGCCGUCCGCUCCGCAGAGGACGUUCCCUUCAGGGAGAGGAUCGAGAAGCUGGGCGACGCAGCUGUGCUCUACGACAAGACAAAAGGCCAAAGGCUCAACGUUGGGAACAUAGUGAGAAACUUGACCUGGAACUCGCAGCUUUACUUUUGCGGCCCGAGCGGCAUGAUGGACGAGGCGCUGCGCGAGACGCAAGCUGCUGGUAUAAAUGAGAAGGAGGUGCACUUCGAAGCGUUUGAGGCCGAUUCAUCAGGGGAUCCGUUCGAGGCGACGGUUGCCAACAAGAACGGUGGCGUGACGCUCAAAGUCGGCCCGGACGAGACGCUACUCGAGGUUAUGCAGAAGGAGUUUGGAAUCGAAGAAGUCCCCUCAAGCUGCGAAGUUGGAAACUGCGGUACUUGCAAGUUGACGUUGAAAGAAGGCAGCGUUGAUCAUCGAGGGUCGGCGCUUACAAAGGAUGAAAAAUCAACGUCUAUGCUUUCUUGCGUAAGUAGAGGAAUCGGGAAGAUUGUGGUAGAGAUAUAGACAGUCAGCUGUGGUAACAAAGCAAGAAUGCGUCUUGAGUGCAGCUACGCGAAAUUAUUAUUGCCGGAUAGAUGUUCCCCAUGAAGCAUUUAAAGACAAGACUAGUUAGUUGCAUCUGGGCGGCCUUUUUGAAGGUUC